GUAAAAGCUAAAAUGUUCCAAUUGCGAUACAAGAAAGGGGGAAAAACGUGACUCCGACGUUAGCGUAACCUCCCCUCCACCAUCGCAAUUCGCAAACGACUCUCCCUCCUUCAUCAGGCGUGCUACUCACAUAAUCCCUCUCCCUUUUUUUCAUUCUUAUAGCAUAAGCCCUAACUAAAGUCAAUCACCUUUUCUUUUCAUUCAAUUUUCUCUAUUAUCUACGAUCGAAUUUCUGCCAUUUUUACUACUCUAUGUCGAUAAAAAGUGUAAAAGUAUGCAAUGUCUCCCUUGGAGCAUCUGAACAAGACAUAAAGGAGUUCUUCUCAUUUUCUGGUGAAAUUGAACAUAUCGAAUUGCACAGUGAAAAUGAGCGAUCUCAAACUGCAUAUGUCACAUUUAAGGAUGCUCAAGGUGCAGAAACUGCUGUUCUUCUUUCUGGUGCGACAAUAGUUGACCAAUCAGUAACUAUAGCUCUUGCACCAGAUCACAAGCCACCAGCUAUUACAUCAGCAUCGCCUGUGGCCACUGAGAACGUCAGCUCUGACAUAGUUGGUUCUCCAGUGCAAAAGGCUGAGGAUGUUGUCACUUCUAUGCUAGCCAGGGGUUUUGUCUUGGGAAAAGAUGCACUUAACAAAGCAAAGGGCUUCGACGAAAAGCAUCAAUUUACAUCUACUGCUUCUAAUACAGUUGCAUCUUUGGAUCAAAAGAUUGGCUUGAGCGAGAAGAUUACCAUGGGAACAGCCUUGGUGAAUGACAAGAUGAAGGAAGUUGACCAGAAAUUCCAAGUCUCAGAGAAAACUAAAUCUGCUUUCACAGCUGCUGAGCAAACUGUGAGUAAUGCCGGAUCUGCUAUUAUGAAGAAUCGUUACAUCUUGACCGGGACUACUUGGGUUACGGGUGCUUUUAACAGGGUUGCCAAGGCUGCUGAGGAUGUAGGUCAGAAAACAAGGGAGAAGAUGGCCGAGGAAGAGAAAGGAAGAAACAUGGCGGCUGGAUACUCGCAGGUCUCUGAAUCUGGCUCCCCAAGAGCCGGUGGGCACCAGUGAGCAAUCCUGAAGUCUGAUCUCGUAAUGUGACUGUUAUACUGAAAGUUGUAGUUGGUGAUAUUUUAUCAUAUUUCCUGUAGCUUGCUAUUUUAUUGGUUGGUUUUGUAGCUGUUUUAGAUGUAUAGAUGAUUUCCGAGUGAUUUUGGGACUUAACUUUGCUCCAGUUUUACAGCGAGGUUUUGUAUCUCUAUAUCCUGUCAUGUAUUUAUUAGUUCUUUGUUAUCUCGGUUUUUUCUUAAAUAAUUUUCCUUUUCUUCUCAUUCUAUACACUUGGUAGGAAAUAAAGUAUUACUAUUGUUUCGUUUU